CUGUUGCUGCUUCAUGAUUAUUGCACAGCGCGCCAUGCCAAAAAGCUGCACAAGUACUCGAAAAAACUCGUUCACCAUCCCAAUAACCAACUACUGCCAAUGGUUAUCAACACGUGGAACUACACGAAGCCCAACUUGCACGCCUGGCAUGUCCUUAACGCCAAACCCGGGGGCCUGAACCUCACGCGGGAGGCUGUGGUGCAGGGAUGUUCGAUGUGCGAACACCAGCAGUGCGGUCGCCUACUUGGACGCGGAUCCGCACCCGAUGCUUCUGGGCACAUUACGCUGGAGGCAGCACUGAUGGACGGGAGCAACCUACGCUUGGGUUCGGUGGCAGCCAUGCCAGACAUUCGCGAUGCCAUUGGAGUUGCUCGCCAGGUGCUGGAGCAUACGAAGCAUACUUUGCUGGCUGGUGCGGGGGCUACACGUUUUGCAAAGGCUUUAGGUCACACAGCCGAGCGCCUAAGCUCGCCGGUCACCGUUGAUGCACUGUAUCGUUGGCAACACGAUCGCUGCCAGCCCAACUACUGGCAAAAUGUCCGGCCUCCGCCAUUUUCCAGCUGUGGGCCCUACAUGCGAGUGCCGCAACCCAAAACGGGCGCAUAUAGUUGGCCUCGACAGGAGUACCCAAUAGAGAUAGGACAUCAUGAUCAAAUUGCUAUGUUGGCCAUCGAUGCAAAGGGUCACAUGCACGUGGGAAGUACUUCGACUGGCUCAGCCUUUCGCAUUGCUGGUCGAGCCGGCGACUCCGCUGUACCCGGUGCGGGAAUCUAUGCAGACAAUGAAGUGGGCGCAGCUUUGGUCAGUGGCGAUGGUGAUGUAAUGAUGCGACUUCUGCCUGCUUUGUUGGCGGUGGAGACGCUUCGAGCUGGUCGCAAGCCCUCCGACACGGCAGUUCAUGUUCUGCAUCGCCUGCUACACCAUCACACCGAGUUCAAUGGUGGCCUUGUGGUGGUAAACCGCCUGGGCCAGUAUGCAGCUGCUUGUUCGGGCCUCGACGAGUUCCACUUUGUAGUGAGCCAUCAAAAGAAUCAAACAUUGGCGAGAGUGGAGCGCGUCGAGUGCAUUGAUCGGCGCGAAUUUGUAGACGGGGGACCCAAGGGGACCUUUAAGUCCAAAGCCACCAGUGGGCACACAAAUUUAAGCUGAGGGUCACAAAUACUAAGAAAUUGGUUUUCCCAACCAAACUGUCGCGAUUUCCGAAUUAAAAACCUUUGUUGUUUGUAAA